AUGAAAACGCUUGCCGACACGGUUUCAAAACGUGAUGAAUACACUGUUUACGGGGAACAUAUUGCUAAUAAACUUAGAAACAGCGGUAGAUCAAAGUUGGAAAUAGCAUCUGCUCAGACUGCAAUUGAUUAUAUCUGCUUUAAAUUAUUGAUGGGUGAAUUUUGUAAUAUACGUUCAACUGCAUCAUCCUCUGCAGCAAGUUCAAUCAUUGUAUUGGGUUCUCCACAAUUUAGUAUUCCGUCAUCCACAGCGACAUCGCCAUCACCCCAAAUUGCUACAGUAUCAGAGUCUACACAACUAUCUCAUCAAACUACAGAAUUCCAACAAUCUGACAGUUAA